AUGGUUCCUCCAAUUCCGUCUAUUAUUGCCCGGCCUCUUACCCAGGGCGCCGAUCUAAUCCGUGGGACGUUGGGAAGCUUGACCUGGGGGCCGGCCUUAGCGAUAGCCAAACCUGCUGUGCUUUCCGUCUUCUCUGAAAUUGAGGUCGGCACUCUACUAUUAGUCGAUGAGCCUGAGGGAACGGAAAUGGUGUAUGGACAGAGGCCUGCCUCCAAGGAAUCUCUGCCUGUCAAUUGGGGAAUCCCACCCAGGAAAGCAAAUGCGACCCCUCGAGUUGAAAUCAGGGUGAAGGAUAGCGCGUUUUGGAUGAGACUACUGCUGUUCGCUGAUAUGGGGUUUGCAGAGUCAUACAUGCUGGGUGAAUUCGAGUGUGCCGAUUUGACAGCCUUCUUUCAGCUCUUCAUUGCAAACCGGGAUCAGCUGAGCAACGGCACAACGAUAUUCUCCUCGAUAUCAGGGGCCGUAUCGAGUAUUGCUCGAACGACAAAUACACUGUCAAAUGCGCUCCUGAAUGCAUCCGCUCACUACGAUAUCAGCAAUGACAUGUUUGCAGCUUUUCUCUCAAAAGACAUGACUUAUUCGUGUCCUAUCUGGCAGACACGGAUAACUCAUAACGACCCCGAAGAAACCCUCGAAGAGGCACAGAUGACUAAACUGAGGCGGUUCAUUGAUGGUACCAAGAUAAAACCUACCGACCAUGUUCUGGAGAUUGGUACGGGCUGGGGGUCAUUCGCUCUCGAAGCAGUCAGAAAGACGGGCUGCCGGGUAACGAGUCUAACAUUAUCAAAGGAGCAAAAGAGGCUAGCAGAGCAGCGGAUCGACGAAGCAGGAUACUCGGGCCGGAUAGAUGUGCAACUGAUGGAUUACCGUAGCUUGCCCGGCACGGCUGUUUUCGACAAGAUAAUUUCGAUAGAGAUGUUAGAAAACGUCGGCAUGGGAUAUAUCGGCACGUACUUCGCCUGUAUUGACCGGCUGUUGAAGAAGAAGGGCGGUAUUGCCAUGUUUCAGUGCAUCACGAUGCCCGAGGGGAGACACGAGGCUUAUUCCAAAUCCGAAGACGUUAUAAAUAAACACAUCUUCCCCGGGGGCUAUCUCCCGUCGACUAUGCAACUCCUUGACAGCAUCUCACAGCAGUCCAAGGGAACGCUAAUCGUGGAGCGGGUUGAAAAUAUCGGAGGCCACUACGCCAAGACACUGCGUCUCUGGAGGGAGAACUUCCUCUCGAAUUUCGAGUCUAAGAUCCGGCCGGCCUUGAAGGCGGAACAUCCGCAUAUGACAGCGCAGGAGGUGGAUGUGUUUAGACGAAAGUGGGAGUAUUAUUUCGCCUAUUGCGAAGCCGGGUUUGUGACGAAGAGCUUGGGCGAUGUCAUCAUUACGGUUGGAAGGGAGGGCACAAUGGAAUUAAUGGAGGGUAUUCCUCUUUGA